AGAGGAUGGGGUUCGGGUCGUGUCUCAACCGCUGCAAAAAAUCGAAGUCGCCGCAGCAGCAGCCGCCCACGGCGGAGAGUUCGUCGUCCGAGCUACCGGAGAGCUACGCCAAGGAGAUGGAGAGGGUCUUCCGGCGGUUCGACGCCAACGGCGACGGAAAGAUAACGUGGGCGGAGCUGGGGUGGAUCAUGUCGAGCCUGGGGCAACAGGCGACGGCGAAGGAGCUGCAGGAGAUGGUCCGGCAGGUGGACUCCGACGGCGACGGCAGCAUCUCACUCGACGAGUUCAUCGAGCUCAACACCAAGGGUGUCGACUCAAGCGUCGCCCUUGAUGACAUGCGCGGCGCCUUCUCCCUCUUCGACGUCGACGGAAACGGCUUCAUCUCCUGCAAGGAGCUCCACAAGUUCCUCAGCAAGAUCGGUGAUUCCGCGACCAUGGACGAAUGCCGGAAGAUGAUCGGCGGCGUGGACAAAGACGGGGACGGCCUGAUCAAUUUCGAGGAGUUCAAGGCCAUGAUGAUGGGACGUUCUUCCCGGUCUAGUGGGUGAUAUCGUGGACCUAGCUAAUCUCUUUCUUCAGUCCUGCUUGGUGGAUUGAACCCGCAUUUCUCGUCAAAUGUAAAUUGUUCGUCUCUAGUGCUUUUGUUUCUUCUGUUCAGAUAAUGGGGAGACGGCAGAUCCAAACAAAAAAUGGUCUGAAGAUUUCAUGGCUUCUUGUUUCAACUGGAACUUAUUGAUUGAUAUUGUUGUUGUUCAACUGAUAGGGUCAACGAGUAGGACCCUCCCUUCUUCUUCUUCUUCUUCUGUUUUUUGGGGUUUUAUCUGCUGGACAUUAUAGUGUUUCCGCAGCAAGCCUGCAGAAAGAUAGUGUUUAAUUUUCUAAUGAAGCUUCUUAUGGU